GGAGAAGCUGAGCCAAAUCCAUGGCUUUAACAUGUAAGUUGCCACACUACAUCUCCAAUGAUUUCUGGGUUUUUCAGUUUUUGGGUAGUUUGAUGUUUGAUACGAUCUUUGCAAAUGCAGGUUAUGUUCUGCUCAUAUAUCUGUCACUUAUACUUGUGUCAACUGCAAGGCCAAUCUAUCCUCUACCUAGUAAAACAAGCAAUGGUAGCAGACAACCUUUACAGACUUCUCGUCCAUAUAAUAUUGCACAUCGAGGAUCAAAUGGAGAGAUUCCUGAGGAAACUGCUGCUGCAUACAUGAGAGCCAUUGAAGAAGGAACAGACUUCAUAGAAACAGAUAUCCUAUCCUCCAAAGAUGGUGUGCUUAUUUGCUUCCAUGAUGUUACCCUUGAUGACACAACUGAUAUUGCAGAGCACAAGGAGUUCACAAAUCGUAAAAGGUCCUAUGACGUUCAAGGGGUCAACACUACUGGCUUUUUCACUGUUGAUUUUACCCUUAAAGAACUUAAGACAUUGCGGGUGAAGCAGAGAUAUGCAUUCCGGGAUCAACAGUAUAAUGGAAAAUUUUCUAUUAUCACCUUUGAAGAGUUCAUAUCAAUUGCACUGGAUGCCCCAAGAGUGGUUGGAAUAUACCCUGAGAUGAAAAAUCCUGUCUUUAUUAACCAGCAUGUGAAGUGGCCAGGUGGGAAGCGAUUUGAGGACAAGUUUGUUGAGACUCUUAAGAAGUAUGGAUAUAAAGGCUCAUAUAUGUCAAAAGAUUGGCUGAAACAACCUGUUUUUAUACAAUCCUUUGCUCCAACUUCACUUGUUUAUGCAUCAGAUCUGAUAGACUCACCCAAAAUCUUCUUGAUUGAUGAUGUUACCAUUCCAACUCAAGAUACUAAUCAGUCAUAUUGGGAAAUCACUUCUGAUGCUUAUCUGGACUACAUUAAGGACUACGUGGUGGGCAUUGGACCCUGGAAGGAUACAGUUGUUCCUGUGGUUAAUAAUUAUUUGCAGACACCUACAGAUCUUGUUGCCAGAGCACAUUCCCAUAAUCUACAGGUGCACCCAUACACUUACCGUAAUGAGGAAAUGUUCUUGCACUUCAACUUUCAUCAAGACCCAUAUGAAGAAUAUGAUUACUGGAUUAACAAGAUAGGAGUUGAUGGACUUUUUACAGACUUCACUGGCAGUCUCCAUAAUUUUCUGGAAUGGACUUCACCUCUAUCUAAAAAUAACAUUGGUGAUGACAGUGCAACAAAAUUAUUGAAUAAGAUAGCAUCGUUGGUGGCUUCAUAUAAAAAUUGAUUGGAGAACCAAAGUUAUUUGUAAAGUUCAAUUUCUCCAAGCGAGAUUACUUAUUUGUUCAUAGUAGGUAGUUUCAGGCUUCAGUGAAUUGCAUUCCCUACUGAGAAUAAUUAAUGUCGUUUGACAAGGUUAUACAGUAGAAAAAUGUAACUAUAUUUUGGUUA